UAAUAAAAUUGGCGUCAUGAGUCACUUUAACUGCCGUGCAUGGGUAUAUGCAUCUCAAGAUUUCAGAGCUAGAGAUUUGUUGCUUCAAAUUUUAAAGCAGAUGCAAAUACCAGAUGGGUUGAGAAGGAAACUUGAAGGCAUGAGUGAGGAUGAAUUAAUAAAGGAGUUGUUCGAAUACUUGAAAGAAGAGAGGUACCUAAUAGUCAUGGACGAUAUUUGGACAACUGAGGAUUGGGAUAAGAUAAGAAAUGCAUUUCCUGAUAACUCCAAGGGAAGCAGAAUAUUGAUUACCAGUCGUAUAAAAAAAGUGGCAUUGCAUGUAAGCCAUACUCUUCCUUACGAUCUCCCAUUUCUUAACGAAGAGGACAGUUGGGAACUUUUUAAGAAAAAGGUGUUUCGAGGGAAAACAUGUCCUGUGGAAUUAGAAAUUCCGGGAAGACAAAUCGCAAAAGGUUGUCGAGGUUUACCCCUUUCAAUUGUAGUAUUAGCUGGCAUUUUAACAAACAAGGAGAAGUCAUUCCACAUAUGGUCGAAAUAUGUUGGUCAUGUAACAACUUUCCUUGCUCGUGAUGAUGAUAUAUGUCCAAAAAUACUAUUCUUGAGCUACACUGAUCUACCCAUGUUCUUGAAACCAUGCUUUUUGUAUUUUGGUAUAUUUCCAGAAGACAUUGAGAUCCCAGUAAGGCGAUUAAUGCAUCUGUGGGUAGCGGAGGGCUUCAUACAACACAAUGACGAUCGAAACAUCGAGGAUGUUGCUGAAGGCUACUUGGAGGAGCUCGUAGAUCGAAGUUUGAUCCAAGUGGCUAGUAGGAGAAUAGACAGAGGAAUAAAGACAUGCCGUAUCCAUGAUCUUCUGCGAGACCUCUGCAUAAAAGAAAGUGCGGAAGAGAAGUUUCUGGAGGUUCAAUCACGUAACAAUUUCUCCACAAACAAUUCCCGUAGACUAUCCAUCCUUGGUACUGAUGGCAGUAGUACUCGUGGAUACAUGUCUUCAAACCCCUCUAUCUCAAUAUAUGCCCGUUCUUUGUUCUACUUUGGCAAUGAUGGUUUUUCUGACGAAGAUGCCUGGACUUGGGUCCACAAAAACUUCAAAUUAGUUCGGGUGCUUAAUUUUGAGAUUCUGCGAAUCCCAGCCAUGCCCAAAAGCUUAGCAAAAUUGAUCCAUUUGAGGUACUUGAGGAUGGAAUUCAGUAAUUCUCUGAGUGUUUUUCCAGAUUGCAUUGGCAACCUUACGAAUCUUGAGACCCUUUACGUAAAGGGCUCUCUUACAGACAGAUCUUGUUUGCCGAACGGGAUAUUUAGGCUAAAACGUUUAAGGAAUCUGUACCUGUCCGAUAGAUUGCCGUUACCUUUCAUCAGAAAAAAAAGAUUGUCGUCACCUUGGGAUUCGAAGGAAGCUCUAGGGAAGCUCGAAGUCCUUUCCAUAGCAUUUCUUCUGUAUGAUCGUCAAAAGAAAAGUUUCCCGGUCGUACUGGGCAAGUUUCCUAAUGUUAGGAAAUUAAAAAUACAAUUUGAGUGGUGUUCAUUUGACUUCGUGUGGCAGGCCCCCAAUGUAUUUCCAUGCCUCCGCUAUUUAAAUCAUCUUGAAAUCUUGAGAAUUGAGGAUUGUUGCAUGCUUCCUCCCGAUCCGAAUUUAUUUCCAUCGACAAUCACCAAGCUAACCUUAAAGAGUGUUGAGUUAGAAGUCGGCGGCGGCCUGACAAUGCUGGGAAAGCUUCCCCAGCUUCGGAUACUGAAACUAGAAGGUAGAGGUUAUAAGCCAAAUCGUGCCUUAGAAACUCAGCAUGAUAUUAGUAUCCGCGUCAUUGCUGAUUCGUUUCCUCAACUCCACGUCCUCAAAUUGAAUCAAAUGAAAAUUAAAGAAUGGAAACAGGAGACAGGUGCAAUGCCAAGCCUUAUACGUUUGAUUAUCAUCGAGUGCAAUGAAUUGAUUAGCCCACCGGAACUAUGGAGUUUGACCACUUUGCGAGAUGUGAAGGCGAUACGAAGUUCAGGCUGGGCAAGGAUGCUUCGGGAGUUGCAGAAGGAGGUUGGGUUUAAGCUACUGAUCCAACCUCCUAUACCUGACUGACUCAUUGACUUGGUGACAUCAUCCAGAUCGAGAGCCAGCAAUAUCAUGCCGGUAUUUCUCAUUCCCCUUUAAUCAGUUAGAUGAUGGAGAACCCGGCCUGCAUUAUGGUAUAUUCAUGUGGAUCGAGGAUAUAUAUAAUCAAGAUUAUGUUUGAGGAUCGAGUUUGAUCUCGAGUAAAUUAAUGAAGCGCUUGUGGGAUACUGAUGAACCAAAUGUGACCUUGGUAUUUGAUGUUUAUUUGGGCUUUCAUUAUAUAUAUGUCUGGAGUUUGAAGAUUUUACUUGGGGGUUGUAAUAUUUAUAUAUUUGACUUGAUGGUCGGUCCUAGACCACCACAUUUGAUGACCAUGUUUGACUUAUGUUAUGCUAUAAAUGUU